CACCCCAUUUUGUGACAAAAAAAGACUUCAUGAAAUGGCUUCGAACAACGCUGGUGGCUAUGAUCUGAACUGGUUGAAGGAUCCUCCUGAUGACCUCAAGUGUCUCAUCUGCCUCUGUGUGGCCAGGGACCCUCACCAACAUCCUGGAGAUGACACCAACGAAUGUGGCAAAGUAUUCUGUCAUAGCUGCAUCACUGAAUACCAGAUGAACAAUAGUACUUGCCCAAAUUGUAGAAAAGACCUCACUUUUUUCAAAGAUGCAAAAAGUGCCCGGCAAAUCAGGUCCCUCGAAGUAAUUUGCGACAACCUAAAGAAUGGCUGUGGGUGGACGGGAGAACUUGGCUCCUUAGAUACACACCUUCAGUCAUGUGACUAUGCUCUCCUGCCUUGUACUAAUGUGUGCAAAAAGGAGAACGACCAGAUUGCCAAGUUUCUGAGAGAGUAUCUUGAAGAACACCUCACCAACGACUGCCCAAGACGUCAGUACAAGUGUCCAUAUUUCCAGGAGACGGGGGAACAUGAGGAGAGGACCACCACUCAUCUAGAAACCUGUCCAAAGAUCGAGGAACCAUGUCCGAAUGACAGAUGUAAAAACAAAAUUGUUCGCUGCGACAUAAAAACCCAUCGAUCCAGGUGUGAGUACGAACCUGUGCCCUGCAAGUACGCUGAAGUCGGGUGCAAGGAGAGACUUCUACGCAAAGACCUCAAGAAGCACGAGGAAGAUGUCCAGCUUCACCUUCAAGUGACAGUUGACAAAGUACUGGACCUUACUAAAAUGAACUUUCAAACAGUUCCUCGUACGAUCAGGCUAGCUAACUAUCAGAAACACAAGAGUGACAAAGAUAACUUUUACAGUCCUCCAUUCUACACCUCGUACACUGGCUAUAAAAUGUGCUUGAAAAUUGAUGCCAAUGGCUGGGGUGAUGGUGAGGGUACUCAUGUUUCAGUGUUUGCCUGUCUCAUGAAGGGAGACAAUGACGACUCCCUGUCCUGGCCGUUCACUGGGACAGUCUCAUUUGAGCUACUCAACCAACUGGAGGACAAGAACCAUCACGAGGAUACGAUCCCAUUCCCAGCAGACGGUGUGGCCAGUCAGAGAGUGGUGGAUGGUGAGAGGGGGAGAGGAUACGGCAGGUCUAAGUACAUCUCCCACGCCAACCUUGACUACAAUGUCGACGAGAACACUCAGUACCUCAAAGACGACACUCUGGUGUUCAAGAUUAUAUCUGUACAAGUACCCGACUACAAGCCGUGGCUGGAGUGAAAACCCAAAAGUGCAAUCGCAAGUAGAAUGAUACUGCAUGUACCCAUAAUUAUACACAUGCAUGCAUGCACAUGACACAAUUAUAUUAUAUAGCUAGUUUUAUGACUGCACUUAACACAAUGUCUAUCUUUUGUA